AUGUUGGUCAUAGUAGUAGAACAAUGCCAAGAAGACCAAGAAGACCAAGACAAAGAAGGCCAAGGCCAAGAAGACCAAGAAAACCAAGGCCAAGAAGACCAAGACCAAGAAGACCAAGACCAAGAAGACCAAGACCAAGACCAAGCAGACCAAAGCCAAGACCAAGAAGACCAAGGCCAAGACCAAGCAGACCAAGGCCAAGACCAAGAAGACCAAGACCAAGAAGACCAAGGCCAAGACCAAGAAGACCAAGACCAAGAAGACCAAGGCCAAGACCAAGAAGACCAAGAAAGCCAAGGCCAAGACCAAGAAGACCAAGACCAAGAAGACCAAGGCCAAGACCAAGAAGACCAAGAAAGCCAAGGCCAAGACCAAGAAGACCAAGGCCAAGACCAAGAAGACCAAGGCCAAGACCAAGAAGACCAAGAAGACCAAGACCAAGCAGACCAAGGCCAAGACCAAGAAGACCAAGGCCAAGACCAAGAAGACCAAGAAAGCCAAGGCCAAGACCAAGAAGACCAAGGCCAAGGCCAAGACCAAGAAGGCCAAGGCCAAGACCAAGCAGACCAAGGCCAAGAGCAAGAAGAAGAACUGGAAGACUCCUUGGACAUUGUUCUCCUGUGA